GUUAUGGGUAAAGAAGGGAAAGUCAUCAUCUGCGCUUUCUCUCCCACUCUGAUAGCUAACAUGAAGAACUAAUAGUAAUUAGGAACUUGUACAGUAGGAUCACGAACACUCUACGUUUUUUCUUCUCCUCUUCCUACACCUACACCACGCAGCCUUCCUAGGGUUUCAUUCGAUCAUGAACUGUGAGGUCUGUCAGCUCAAGGAAUUAGAACUCGAGCAUUUCGAGAUACGUGAGGUUUUGCGAUGCAUAUUGCACACCAUCGUCUUUCACCGUGCCUUGGGUCUUGUGCGCCCUAAAGACGUUGACUUGGAGCUUUUUGAUGUAACUUACGUGCAAUGUGGAGAGGCAGAGCUUGAAAAGAAAAUAGAUGAAAAGAUUGAGCAGUUUGUUUGUUGGGUGGAGAAGCACCCAAACAAAAAGAGUCAGAUAUGUUUAUCUUUCUAUGAGGUGAAAAACAAACAGGCGUCUUGGUUCAGUAACAAGAUUGAACGUUUGUAUUGGGAGCAGUGGUAUAUUAAUCUGAAUGUGGCUCAGCAUAAGUUGCAUUCUAGCAAGUAUCAUCAUCCCAAAGUUGUAGAUCCAGGAGAGGGAGCGUUGGAGGAUAGAAAUGCCCGUAGUGCAGCACUGGAGGCAGCACUGCGUGAGGUUUUGUUUCAGAUAAUUAAAUUUGUUAAUGAGAAAAAGGAUCACGUUCCACCAAUUCCAAAUCUUGAGGGCGCUGUUUCAUUUCCCUAUGAAAUUACAAUACCUAGUUCAUCAGAUUCUGCAUUUGGGAUGGACAUGAUCAAGAGAAUGCUCCAGACAGGGCAUCCAACAAUGCUAAGUUGAUUGUCAAAGUUUGUAGAGCGGUCUAUGGGGUUAAAGGUAUUCUUGUUCAUAUGUUUAAGCUUGAAAUAUGAUGCUAAAGAAAGCCAAGGAAUGCAGGGUUCAAUCUCAUCGUGGAUAGCAUAUAGCAGAAUCUAUAGGUGCAAAAUGACUUAAAUAUAUAUUUUUUCAAAUAUACAUCCUUGUUAAAGCUCUCGUUUUGUAUCUAGUCUUUAUUCUACUCAUCUCUCAACACAUUUAUCCAUGGUAACUGAAACGCUUCAUUCCUUUGAAGCAUAACAGGAAGUUAAUCUUGAAUUUAGGUCUUUCAGUUUAUAUGAUAUAGUGGUGAAGUCGUUGAGAAAUUUGCAGUAAAGAUUAUGAUAAAAUAUAGAAAUGCUUUCAGUAAA